GCAUAUAUAAAUGCGAAAUAAUGUUGCUUAAGGAAACGUCAGCACUUAUAGUGGUAUUGAUUGUGGAUAUGGUAUUUACUGAAUGCUCUGUUGGCUGCCAAUCAUGCUCUGGUGCAACUUGCACAAGUUGCGAAUCAUCUUACUCUUUAUCAAAUGGCUUCUGUUCACAAUGUCCCGAAAAUUGUGAAAGCUGUAAUAGCUGGGAUGACUGUACUUUAUGUAAGCCAAACAAAUAUGGUCUGCACGCAAGAUGUACUUUUAUCUGUGAUGGUAAUUGUCUAAACAGUGAAUGCGCUGAUGAUACGGGAUAUUGUACGCAAUGUAAGCCUGGUUUCUAUGGACAUCAAUGUCAACACAAUUGUAGUUUAUGUGAAAAUGAAAGUUGUGAUUUACGUACCUGUUCGAGUGGUUGUACAGCUGGACAAUAUGAUUAUAAAACCGGUAUCGAAACAAUAUGUCAAAACUGUCCGACAAAUUGUAAACAUUGUACUGAUGCAAAAAAAUGUUAUAAAUGCAAUGAGGGUUAUCACCUCUACAAGUUUAAUGACAAUGUUCAUUGUAUGCCAUGUUUGCAAAGAACACAAUGUUCGGACUGUGUUAUUCAAGGCUGUAACAAGUGUCAAAUACACAAUGAUUCGUUAGUCUGCGCUGAUUGUCCAGAAGGACAUAUAUUCAAUGGCAAAACAUGUACUGAUGGAUGUAAGGAUGGAUUGACAGGAGAUAAUUGUACUCAAACUACCACUAUCGAGGAAGCAACAACUCAAACAGGAGCAAGUUCACGUCAAACUGUAACUGCUGAAACACAUACGGUAAUGCAAGAACAAACACAAGAAACUGUAACUGCUGGAACACAUACGAUAAUGCAAGAACAAACACACCAAACUGUUACUGAGGAAACAUUUACGGUAAUGCAAGAGCAAAAAGAAAGCAACAACCUAAUCAUAGGUGCAUCAGCGGGUGGAGCUGUUCUUAUCUUGAUACUUUUCAUAGUGGGAGUUUGUUUGCUAAAACAAAGGUAUAACAACAAAUAUGAAAAUGAGCUCAUAACUAUUAAAUCAUUAUUC